AUGCAAAUUUUCGUCAAAACUCUUACCGGUAAAACUAUUACUCUCGAAGUAGAAUCCUCUGAUAGUAUUGAUGCAGUUAAACAAAAAAUUCAAGAUAAAGAAGGUAUUCCUCCAGAUCAACAACGUUUAAUCUUUGCUGGUAAACAGUUGGAAGAUGGUAGAACAUUGUCAGAUUAUAAUAUUCAAAAAGAAUCAACCUUACAUUUGGUCCUCCGUUUACGUGGUGGCAUGCAAAUUUUCGUCAAAACUCUUACCGGUAAAACUAUUACUCUCGAAGUAGAAUCCUCUGACAGUAUCGAUGCAGUCAAACAAAAAAUUCAAGAUAAAGAAGGUAUCCCUCCAGAUCAACAACGUUUAAUCUUUGCUGGUAAACAGUUGGAGGAUGGCAGAACAUUAUCGGAUUACAAUAUUCAAAAAGAAUCAACCUUACAUUUGGUCCUUCGUUUACGUGGUGGUGCAAAAGUUGUAAAAUGCAAAUUUGGUGAAUGUAAAGACAAGGCAACUAAGAUUGUUGGUCAUUGUAGGUAUUGCGAGUUGGACUACUGUGGUAGACAUAGAUUACCUGAAGCUCAUGCCUGUGUCAACUUGACAAGUUGUAAACAGGCUAGUUUUGAAAAAAAUGCUGCUAAAUUAAGAAGUGAACAAUGUUAA